GUAGGGAGCCCCAAAGGGGACAGGAUCCUGGGACCCCAGGAUCAUGACCUGAGCCGAAGGCAAUAGCUUAACCAGCUGAGCCACCCAGGCGCCCCGUAGCACCAUAUUUUAAUAGCGAGUCUCUGUAAGAUUCCUCGGGGGGAAACACCCACCUUACUGAACUAGAAAUCGGAUUCCUAGUUUCAAGGGUUAGUGUUUCAGAUGAAAUCAUGAAUCUGAAAAACCUUUGGAAAAUAUAAAAGCAUUCUACAGAGGGAGCAGGCUGCCACUGCUCUUAGGCACGGUAAUUCUCAGUUGACUGGAAUAUUCUGUGCCCAAGCACCUGCUUACACAGGUAACCUGUGACCCGUCGUGGCUACUGCAGAACCCCCGUUUGUUAGAGGUUCCACGUUACAACCUCAGGCUCUUCCGAUUUCUUUCUGGGCCACGACCACUUGCCUGGCCCCGUGGGGCACGCCUGUGUCAGGAGGUCCUCCUUACCAGGCACCGAAGCUGCUGAUGUGUAACAGAGCGUUAAGAUGCAGAGGUGCGACACAUUACAGUGGGGUCAUCACCAAAGCAGCGGACUUACCGCCCCCCCCCCCCCGCCCGGGGUUUUCGGGCUCCCAGCGAACACGCCUGCUGUUAAUUAGCAGCGGGCAGGGCCGGUGAUCAAGGGCCCCUUGGCGUGUCACCUGGGCUUUGAGGAGUUUCCAGCGCUCACUCGCGGUGGCUCACGUGGCGUGGAAACCUCGUGAAAGCCGCUCGGGGCAGGGGCCUGUAAGAUCCCCACCUACCGGGGUGGGGAACUAGAAGGGAGAAAGGAAGGAAAGAAAGCGCGCUCCUGGCUUGUCCCCUCCUCCAGUGAGGAAGAAACCAGAGACUUUCCGAACAAAUACAACGACCAGAGAACUUUCUUCUAGGAUUUUCAGAGCCCUGGGAGCUGUGCGGCUGCAGCCGUGGAAGGGCCGCUGGGGAGAAGCGUUGAGUCCGUCGGAUUCCUUCCUCCCGAAUCCCGCCGAGAGGAGCACGGGUGGCGGGAAAGCAGGGCAUAGGCGCCGGAGGGCGAAAGGCGACCCGAGGCCUGCCCGGCCUUCGGAAGGGACCUGACGCCAGGAAGGACGCUUAUUAACCCUUGGGCUACCCCCCCGCCCCCACCGCCGGGGUGCGAGCCGGCUCCUCCUCCUCCGGGUUGGACUAGCCUGGGGCAAGAUGCGCACGGCCGCCGGCUCUGCGCGCCCCGCCGGUCCCUCCCAGCCCAGGAGGAGGCGACAGGGGAGGGCGCUGCCCGCAGCCGAGCCCCGCGAGUCCGUGGGUCCCGAGUGAACAUCCCGGGCGAAACGGCUGAGACCCCGCGACUCCCGCGCCGGCCGAGCACCGCGGGCGACGCGUCUCCCUGUCCCUCCGCCACAUCUGCACGCACACCCCCCACCCCCGGACUCCUGGCCCGACCCCCGGCUCCCGGACACCUCCAGCCCCGCGCUUCGCGCAGGUGGCGCAGACGCCCCUGCCCUCCGGCGCCCCCUGCCGGGCAGAGGGAAGGCGGCGGCCGCGGAGGAGCCGAGCACAGGCGGGGAGAGAGCUCCAGCGCCGGGAAGAAGCCGGGAGCUUCCCUGAUGGUGCCGCCGCCUCCGAGUCGGGGAGGAGCGGUGAGGAGGCAGCUGGGCAGGAGCCUGGGUCCGCUGCUGCUGCUCCUGGCGCUGGGACACACGUGGAGCUACCGAGAGGAGCCCGAGGACGGCGACAGAGAAAUCUGCUCAGAAAACAAGAUCGCCACGACGAAAUAUCCGUGUCUGAAGCCUUCGGGUGAGCUCACCACGUGUUUCAGGAAAAAAUGCUGCAAAGGAUAUAAAUUUGUUCUUGGACAAUGCAUCCCAGAAGAUUACGACGUGUGCGCUGAGGCCCCCUGUGAGCAGCAGUGCACGGACAACUUCGGCCGAGUGCUGUGCACCUGCUACCCGGGGUUCCGGUACGACCGGGAGAGACACCGGAGGCGCGAGAAGCCCUACUGCCUGGAUAUCGACGAGUGUGCCACCAGCAAUGAGACGCUGUGCGCGCACACGUGCAUCAACACCGUGGGCAGCUACCGCUGCGAAUGCCGGGAGGGUUACAUCCAGGAGGACGACGGGAGGGCGUGCACCCGGGGAGACAAAUACCCCAAUGACACUGGGCACAACGAGAAGUCCGAGAACGCAGUGGAGGCCGGAAGCUGCUGUGCCACGUGCAAGGAGUUUCACCAGAUGAAGCAGACGGUGCUGCAGCUGAAGCAGAAGGUUCACCGGGACCAAAGGGAAGCCCGGGCUUCCCCGGUGUCCCAGGACCUCCCGGGCAGCCUGGCCCGCGGGGCUCGAUGGGACCCAUGGGACCAUCUCCUGAUCUGUCCCACAUUAAGCAAGGCCGGAGGGGCCCCGUGGGUCCGCCAGGUGCACCAGGAAGAGACGGCUCUAAGGGAGAGAGAGGAGCUCCUGGACCCAGAGGGUCGCCACCCAUCACUUCGCUCUCCUGCUGGGAAAGCUUGUCUAAGAGAGCGCUGUUGGCAUGUGGGAGACUGCCACCUUGCAAUAGUCUCUCUCCGGAAAGCCAGGAAGGGCUUCCGUUUGCGAGGGCCCCGUGACACUGGCCUGUCUUUCCUUGUCGCCAUCAAGGUACUAGCCCUGACUCUAGUCCGUCGGCCGCUGGCUGGGCCUUUCGCGGACCUUUGGCCCUGCUGUCUCUUCCUCAUACAAAAUCCCCAGAGGCCAGCCCACCAGAAAGUCACAGCGACAAGCAAACACCUUCUCAGUGCUCCUUUUCUAGCAUUUUCCCUCCCCCUGCAGUCUCUCCAGAGUCCGAUCUUCACAACCGAGGGCCUCGCCACCCCCAGGGCUCAUGGAGAGCUGAGCUAAGCAGCUGAUGAUUCCCAUCUGGAAUACAUUUAACGUUGCCUGUUUGCAGAACACAAUAUUUAAAGGGUGUGGAUGGAUGAGUGCUAAAGCAAAAUUAUUUACAGGCCUUAUGAAAAAUGAUUAGAUCCGUCUUUGAUUUUUUUUUUAAUGAGGAUUUGUGUUUAGAAAUAUAAACUCCUUUAUUGUCGAAUGCUCCUAAAAUGCAUCCAAAUGGCAUGUUUGGCCAGAGGCGAGGAUAAUAUAUUUAAAAAAGAACUGAAGGAAAUAAUGUCUGGAAUUCGUGAGCCUACUCUAGAUCAUAAUCUCCGGCAAAACCCAAUAACCUGUGUUGUAUAAUUUCAGUCUGCGAGAUGAGGACAGAUUAUAAUUUUCGUCCUCAGAUCUUCAGAACUUGGACGGCUACUCAGGAUCAAAUCGGUACUCUGUACGCCCAAAUUAUACUUUUCAAAGAGAAAAACAUAAUCACUGUUAAUCCUAAUGUAUCUUUAGGUUAUGGGUAGAAAGUCAAAGCUCACUGUUUGAACAGGGCUUCUCAAAACCUAAUGGGGGGUAAAAUUCGCUACUGCUUUGCUAAGCCACUCCCAUCCCCAUGUUCAAUUGGGGGAAAAGGAUCUUUGUAGAACUGUUAACUCUCAUUUUGUGCACCCUGAUACCUAGAAUUUAGAAUAGGGACCUAAUCAUUGCUUUUGUUUUUGGAAAGCCAUGGCCAUAAAAAUUUGCUGUUGAAAAUAGUGCAAGGAGGGAAUAUAUUUUAGUUUAGGAAAAUCCUCCCUCCCUCCCCAAUCCCGAAAGGAGAAAUUAUAAGCUUUCCUGUGCCAAAGAGCGUGGGGGUACAAAGGCAAUACUGUCUUCUCUAUCCUGUCUUAAUUCCAGCCCCCGCCACCGAGUGAACUGACCGACUGAGCUCAUUUCUGCUGUAUAAACUCAGACAGGUGGGCCCAGAGCCAACCCAGAUAAAUGUAACAAAUGCACACCAGCAUGGGGGCAGGAGUAUUACCCCACCAAAGACCAGGUGAAGGGCACCCCGGUUCUGGUCAUGCUCCUUCUCCAGGAUUCACAACUACUGUUUGCCCUGUGAUGGCUUUUCCCAGGCAGGCAGGGGAAGAUCAUGGCUGUGACUAGGUCCCAGGCUUCUCCUUGCACCAAGAGCAAGUCCCUCAUCAUGCUUUGGGUAUCACGGUCCCUUCCCUGCUCCCCCAAGGCCGGCCUGUCACAGAGAGACAGCAGCCUCAUUGUGCAACCUUAACAUCUCUCCGAUAACCUUCCUGAAAAGGAAAUUCAUUUAUGGGAAUCCAAGCCAAACAGCUAAUAGAACAGAGCCAUCUCGAGUUAUUAGUAACCAAUUCAGGGAAAUAGAUGAAGUUUUUCCUGGCACGGUCAGCAUGUGUGUUUCCCAACAAAUCAAAAAAUAAUUUUCCAUUUGAAGGAAAAAAAAAAAAACCCAUGCCUGUAAUUGUUAAAGCAUAAAAUCUUGGACUUCACAGGCUCCUUCAAAAAAUAUUACUGCUUUAGGGAAAGCAUAGAAGACCGACCCUUCAACACAACCUCCAGAGACCCUCCACCUUCUUUCCGAGAUCCCAAAAUCACGUGCCCUGGAGGAUUCUGUGUGUGUCACGACCAUUUUUGUUUCGCUUUGACCUGUCCUGUACUUCAGUAGCCGGGUUCAUUAUUUAUAACAGGUCCAUAUCGCAGUUGAGCUAAUAUUCAAACAGUUAUGGAUAUGAUACUAUGAAGUACUUUUGAUAAGAUUAUAUAUGCUUAAUAACAAAGUUAUUUUUCUUA